GCCGUUGGCCGUUGCAAUACCAAAAGCAUAAACCUUCACGCCUACAUACCUAAACUAAAACAAGUUUCCUUAUAUUUCCAAUUUCCGGCUGUUUUAAAUCUCCAAAUUCUUCACUAUUAUCACAAUUUUUAAAAAAAAAUUAAUACAGAAAUGUCGCAAUGCUUAGUUUCCCCUUUGAUGUGCGUUGGACAUAUAACACACACUUCAAUUGGGAACCCACUGUUGCCAAAUAAUCAUCGGUCACCCUUUACAUUUCCGGUCAUCCCUAACCGGAAAUUCCCGGUGAAGAAGUUACAGUCAUCGGGGAGUAAAUUGAGGAGUUUUACAGCUCAUGGAUUUGAUCUCAAAGGUGGUCAAGGCAUAAUGAGUGAGUUCCAUGAAGUUGAACUCAAAGUCCGGGACUAUGAAUUGGAUCAGUACAAUGUUGUAAACAAUGCUACUUAUGCAAGUUAUUGCCAACAUGGUCGUCAUGAGCUUCUAGAAAGGAUCGGCAUAAGUGCUGAUGAAGUGGCACGCAAUGGUGACGCAUUAGCAGUAACAGAGCUGUCACUUAAGUAUCUAGCACCUCUAAGGAGUGGAGAUAGAUUCGUGGUGAAGGUGCGAAUAUCCGACUCUUCAGCUGCUCGUUUGUUUUUCGAACACUUCAUCUUCAAACUUCCAGAUCAAGAGCCCAUCUUGGAGGCAAGAGGAACAGCGGUGUGGCUUAAUAAAAGUUAUCGUCCUGUCCGAAUUCCUUCAGAGUUCAGAUCAAAAUUUGUUCAGUUCCUUCGCCAGGAGGCAUCUAACUAAUGUAUUUGUUACAAAAUAAAGAAAAGUUCUUCUGAUCAAAGAUUUUUCUGAGGUGCAAAUAAUUGCUCUAUUCUUAAUACUGACCAAAAAGGCAAAAGAUAUAGCAAUGUAUAGAUUUUCCUGAGUUAAUAUCACUUUUUGGUCACUCAAUUUCUGAGAAACUCUGAAUUUGGUCCUUGUAAUAUCUAAGCACAUUUGAUCUUCAGUUAAUUGAAACGUGCACUUUUGAUCC